UUACCAAACACAUUUAAUUGUUUGUUUUCUUUUCCUUUCCUUUCCUUCUAUUGUUUUCACAAACACCAUUAUCCCUCCUUCUUGUAGCUUUUGCUCUUCAUAUCCACUUAAAAAGAAGAUAAAAUAGCUCAAAUAAUCUUUGCCCUCCUUUUUUCACUUAGACACUUAGCUUUUACAAUCUCCAAAAGAAUAAACUCUCUAACUAGCUCUUUUAUCUUCUCUCACUUUUUUCCACCUAAAUCUAUCAUCAAGAAUCAAACUUGAAGUUUGUUCAUCUUUCUUUCAUUCCUUUUCCCAUCUUGUGUCUGCAACUUUUUAUUCUAUUUUUCAUCAUUUUGGUGUUUUUGAGGUAUUAACAAAGAAGUAAAAGCCAAAGCCAAGAACCAAAGAGACAAAGACAGCAAAAAAGAACAAUCUUGAAGUCAUUAUUACUUCAAAAAUUUAUCGACAAAGAUGCCCUUAGAAGGGGUUUUUGUUCAACCACCAUCUUCUAAUAAUUCUUCUUCAAAGCAAAUCCCUGAUCUUUCUCUCCAUAUUAGCCCUCCAAAUAGUUCCUCUUCUACAUUAACAUCAAACAAAUCAAAAAAUUGUCUCACUGAGCUUUCUUUAGCACAUCCCACUAGCCUUAAUGAAGAACAUAGUUGGUUUAAUUAUGGUGAUAGAAGGAAUUUUUUAAGAAACUCUUUACCCCAACAAAGCCAAAAUAACAACUAUAUGAUUCAACCAAGUAGCCAAAUGAAUCAGAUAAAUCAUGGGGUUUCUUUAUUAGAUGUUACUUCACAAAGUUUAAGCCCCAUAAAAGGUAUUCCAAUUUAUCAUCAAGAUUCAUUUUCAUUCCCUAAUUUCUUAGAGAAAGAUCCAAAGAGAUUUGGAUCACUUUAUUCACCUUAUCUCAAUGGGGGUAAUUUGGAUCAUUUACCAUUCUUGAAUUCUAGUACAAAUGCUUCUUCUUUUUCUUCUCCUUCUCCUUCACCUUAUCGGAUACCUUUGGCUAAUAGAUUUCACAAUCAACAUAGCCAAUAUUAUGGAGUAGGAUUAGGAGUUUCUCAUCAUGAAGCUACUUCACAUCAUAGUUUGAUGAGAUCAAGAUUUUUACCAAAAUUUCCAGCUAAAAGGAGCAUGAGGGCACCGCGAAUGCGAUGGACUACUUCACUUCAUGCCCGGUUUGUUCAUGCUGUGGAACUUCUUGGUGGCCAUGAAAGGGCUACUCCAAAAUCAGUCUUGGAGCUAAUGGAUGUCAAAGAUCUCACUCUAGCUCAUGUCAAAAGCCAUUUGCAGAUGUAUCGCACUGUUAAAACCACUGACAAACCUGCAGCUUCCUCAGGACAAUCAGAUGGAUCAGGUGAAGAAGAUCUGUUAGCAAUAGACAGGAUUUUGGAUCAGAGAGAUGGAUCUGAUGAUCAUCCUUCUACUACAACUCCUACUCUUUGGAGUAACUCCUCAAGCAGUAGAGAAAAAUGGUCACAAGCUAACUUCAAUGAGUCCACUGGCCUCAUCAGAUCAUCCUCUAUUCCAUCUCAACAUAGAUCCAGCCACCAUAUAGAGGAAUAUGAAUAUUCAAGGCCAGUGAGCUAUGUAGGUUGCAGUUUGGAUCAGAAAAACCCUAGCUUGGAGUUCACAUUAGGAAGACCAGAUUGGGUUGAAAAGGAGCAUGACUGAAAUAUUGUUCAUCAAUCCUUCAAUUAGUUUUGUUUUUUGUUUUUGGCUUAGCUGAUUCUUUUUUUUUUUCUUUGUAAUUUGAGAUGAAAGAGAUGUGACAUGCAUCAAAAUUAGAAUAUUAAGAGCUAUUGGAUUAGAAAAGAAAGCCAAAAAAAAAAAAAAAAGGAAUGGUUUUCAUUAGUUAGCAUGGCUAAGUUCCCAUGUAGCUUCAACUAUUGCUGAUCUUCCAUGCAUAUAUAACCUAAGUUGUGACUUGUGACCUACCUAUAUAUACAGCCUACAUUAUUUUUUUGGUUU